AAAAUCAGUAUAUCAGGAGCCAUCGCAAUGACUGCUUUAAUUUGGCAGUCUCUGGGCGGAACUCCGCCUGGCCCACCUCUCCUUGACUCUUUGAGAUUCAAGUCCCCGAAUCCAUAAUCUCACCCAUCUCAGCAACAUGUCCUCCGAAUCUGUGUCACGAUCACAUCUUACCAUACCCGGCUGGCAGCGGUCAUGUCCAUGACAGCCAGGGAGCGCGGAAAUCCGCCGGCCAGGCAAAAGUCCUGCGCGGCAUGCAUCAAGGCCAAGCGACGCUGCGACGCCGGUACUCCGGCGUGCGCUCGAUGCGUCCAACGAGGCAUCCCGUGUGAGAUGCCCUCACGCAGCCGUCCAGCUCGAAGGAUGGGGGCAAGCAUCGUCCCACCCAGCCCAAUCGCUAGCCCACGAGCCAGCAUGCCCGAGUAUAGCUGCGCGAGUGAAUCAUUGUUUUUCGAUACACUGCCUUGUACAUCUGCGGCAGAUUUAUUUCCCGAUUUCCUCCCAGCUACGUUUGGUAUUUCCCCGGAAAGCACGAACAUAGGUACACAGGACCUCGUCUAUCAGCCCUCCACGCUCACCGCGCCCACGAGAAGGGAGUUGGGUCCCCUUCCGGAGGGCGCGAGGCGAAAGCUUCAGUACCCCAUUGAGCUGGUCAAGACGGUCCCGAGGAUGAUGGUGGAAGAACUUCAGACGCCUUGGUGUCACCCAAAGGUGUAUGAGGACGAGAUGCCACGGGCAAUGCAAGAUGCAUACUCAUGCUGUGCCAUGUAUCUGUCCAAGAACAGGGUCAACACCCCGCUCAUACUUCGCAACAUUGACGCCAAGGUCAACGAGCUCCUGGCACAGCCUGAUCCCACCACGCCAUUGGCUUCCUUGGCCCAUACACAAGCACUCCUGCUGUACCACAUCAUACGAAUAUUCGACGGCGAUAUUUCUUCCAGGGCAGAAGCCGAGCGCACACAGAAUGCGCUGGAGGACUCGGCGUUGAACCUGGUGGCCCACGUCGACCACGUCGAUCCCUUGGCCGGGAAAGAGACCCGUCUGCGGCUGUUCCCCAUGGCACCGACGAUAGCAUUUUGGAAGUCGUGGAUCUUCAGCGAGUCAGCGAGACGGACGCUGCUCUUCACCAUGUUCCUCCUCCAGGCCUACCGGAUCCUGGCCGGUCUCCCGGUGGCACCGUGCGACGGCAAGCUGGGGCUGAGUCACUCCUUCACGCUGUCCGCGCCCCUGUGGCACGCUGAGUCGGCUGUCGAUUUCGCAAAGCAGUGGGAGAGGACGGGUCACUUUGUGAUCAGGGACGGGGGUAUUGAUGUGAUUGUCAGGGAGGCGGCGGCGGAGGAUGUGGAUUUCUUUGGGCGGGUGAUUCUGACGAGUGUCCUGGGCGUGGAUGAGGCCGAGGGCUGGUUCGCCAGUAAGGGAGGUGACCUGUGGGCGGGCUGUCCGUUGGGGAAGACACAGCAUGGGUGUUUCUUCUGAUGAACCUGUUCUUGACUGGUCGCUUGGAUCUGGGCAUUUUCUUGCUGCGGAUGUGAGAGCACGUCAAGUGUGACUGGCGCCCGUAUGGUUAGGUCCCAUGAAUGGGGU